AUGUCGCCACACGCCGUUACGCACCAAUUGCCCCGUAUCAAGCUCACGGCCGAGCUAAAGCAGUUUGCCGUGACAAGCAACGCCUUCCUCCCCGAGCACAGCCCUCUAAAACAAUUCCCCGAUUUAUACUACCAGCCUUGGGAACUUGUUAUUCAGCAUGUUUCUGCAUUGAUUAAAUACAAUGAUAUCAGACGGGCUGUUGAUACCAUGCCUGUGUUGGGGACAGAUAGACUAAAGUCCGAGCCUGAGUGGAGGAGGGCAUACAGUGUUCUUGCCUUUCUGACGCAUGCCUAUGUCUGGGGCGGUGAGAAGCCAGCCGAGAUACUGCCCCCUCAGAUUACCGUCCCCUUCCUCGCCGUGUCAAAACAUCUCGAACUUCCUCCCGUCCUGUCUUAUGCCGCAGCCAACCUCUGGAACUUUUCCUGCGCAGGCUCAGACUUUUCCAACCUCGAUGACCUCUCCACUCUUCACACCUUUACCGACACAGAGUCAGAGUCAUGGUUUCUCCUCAUCAGCGUCGCCAUGGAGGCACGCGCCGGAAAGAUUAUUCCUCGCAUGAUGGAAGCCCUCGAGGCCGUCAAGACACGAGACUACAACACAAUUAUCUCAGCCCUUGAAGACCUAAAAACAUGCAUCGACGGUGUCGGUGCUUUGUUAGAAAGAAUGUAUGAAAAGUGCGACCCCAUGACUUUUUAUUACAAGAUCCGUCCCUUUUUGGCAGGUAGUAAAAACAUGGAAGCUGCUGGUCUUCCUAAUGGCGUUUUCUACGAUGAGGGUAAUGGAAAGGGUGAAUGGCGCCAUUUGCGUGGUGGAAGUAAUGGACAAAGCUCUCUUAUCCAAUUCUUCGAUAUCGUGUUGGGAGUGGAACACAUCACAAGUGGAAACAAUACCGAAGUUAAGGGUGAGAGAAGUUACCACGAUAUCGUCAAGGAUUACAUGCCCGGGCCACACCGUCGUUUCCUAACACACAUUGCCCGAAUGGGUAGUAUUCGCGAACUCGCUCUUCAAACACCACACACUGUUGAGCAAGAGCGUCUACAAAAGACUUUCAGCGCAGCAACAGAUGCGUUGACGGUGUUUAGAAACAAGCAUAUCCAGAUUGUCACACGGUACAUCAUCUUGCCGUCAAGACAAGGAAAUGCGAUGAAGGGACCACAGAAUUUGGCGAGUUCAUCGUUGAAGAAGGGUAGGGAAGAAGAGUUGACGGGGACUGGAGGAACGACGCUUGUGCCGUUUUUGAAACAGUCUAGGGAUGAGACGAGUGAGGCUGGACGGUUGGAGAAGUGA